AUGGAUGUCAAGGCGGCCCCCAAUGGGGUGGCCACCAUCGAGGACCGGAUCUUGCGAAUCACCGGCUACUAUGGCUACUACCCGGGUUACUCCAGCCAGAAAAGUACCUCCAGAUCAUCAGUCCCUCGAUGUAAACCAGGAGCCAACUGCCCCAGUUCACACAGCGGCAUCAGUAGACAGCUGUCCCCUCUGUCUGUCACCGAAGAUUCUUCUGCUCCGAUUCUUGAACUUCAGAGCCGAGGAUCCUCUGGAGUUUGUGGACACAGAGUCGAAAGGCAGAACAAAUCAGGGGAUGAUGGAACACAGACUAAUCCUGAGAAUAGCAGCCAAGAAAACAGAAUCAAGGCUCGCUGCCUGUCCUGCUCAUCCGUGGUUCUGAAGGCUGUCUGGGGACUCUUGAUCAUCUUGUCAGUGUCAUCGUCUUGGGUUGGAACCACACAGAUUGUAAAAAUUACUUAUAAGAACUUCUACUGCCCAUUUUUCAUGACUUGGUUCUCAACAAACUGGAACAUUAUGUUUUUCCCAGUCUAUUAUUCCGGUCAUCUAGCCACUGCUCAAGUAAAGCAAUCGCCAAUGAAAAAAUUCAGGGAAUGCAGUCGGAUUUUUGGGGAAGAUGGUCUGACAUUGAAGCUCUUUCUUAAAAGGACUGCUCCCUUUUCUAUUCUGUGGACUUUGACGAACUACCUGUACUUACUGGCUUUAAAGAAGCUGACAGCCACGGAUGUCUCCGCUCUGUUCUGUUGUAACAAAGCCUUUGUCUUCUUGCUGUCGUGGAUCGUGCUGAAAGACAGGUUCAUGGGAGUGAGGAUAGUUGCCACAAUAAUGGCAAUUACGGGCAUUGUCAUGAUGGCGUAUGCAGAUAAUUUCCAUGCUGACUCGAUCAUAGGAGUGGCAUUUGCAGUGGGCUCAGCCUCCACAUCUGCAUUAUAUAAGGUUAUGUUUAAGAUGUUUCUCGGAAGUGCCAACUUCGGCGAAGCGGCACACUUUGUCUCCACGUUGGGUUUCUUCAAUUUAAUCUUCAUCUCCUUCACGCCCGUCAUCCUGUACUUCACCAAGGUGGAGCACUGGUCCUCCUUCGCAGCUCUGCCCUGGGGCUGUCUCUGUGGGAUGGCAGGGAUGUGGCUGGUCUUCAACAUCCUGGUGAAUGUCGGCGUGGUGCUGACAUACCCGAUCCUAAUCUCCAUUGCACUGCUCAGCGUUCCUGGGAAUGCAGCUGUGGAUCUCCUGAAGCAGGAGGUGAUCUUCAAUGUCGUGCGCCUGGCUGCUACCAUCAUCAUCUGCAUUGGAUUUCUGCUGAUGCUAUUGCCGGAGGAGUGGGAUGAAAUCACCCUGAGAUUCAUCAACAGCCUGAAGGAAAAGAAGAGUGAGGAGCAUGUGGACGACAUCACAGAGUCCAGUGUCCACCUGCGAAGCAGAAGCAGGGUCAACGGGGCAGUGUCUAUACCACUGGCUUAA